AUGAAUGAAUUCUUAAAGCGAUACUAUAAUAAUGAGCUAACCAUUGCAGUUGUCUGCCUUUUCUACAAUUCUUCAGAUAAUGUGAACUCUCAUUAUAACAAUUCUAUUCAACCAGUAAUCUAUGGAGGUUUCCGUUUAUUUGUCAAUCACUACGGAGAAUUAGAUUUUAUGCGACCAGAAAUAGUUCAGAUAACUAGUGAAUCAAAUAUGAAUCAAAUGUAUAAUGAGAAAACUAUGCAUGACAGAGAAAUUGCACAAAACUCUUUUUUUCAUACUGUACAAAUUCCAAACAGUUUACUCAAAUUCCUGUUGGAUCGAUUUGUUUCAAUUAAUUAUGCCUGGAGCCGAUUUCAGUCAAUAAGACCAAGACAUCUUUGCGGUGGAAUACUUGUUAACAGUGAUUGGGUAUUAACUGCAGCUCAUUGUAUCAGUCCAUUUGAAAAUGGUAUUAGACAUCUAAAAGUAACCAAAUUAAAUUAUUACCAUCACAACUCAACUGUAUAUUUUAAACCUGAAGGUAUUACAAAAUCAGUUGAAACAUUGAUCCUGCAUUCAAACUUCACACAAGGUCAAAGUUUUUCACCAGAUAUUGCAUUAAUUAAAUUAAAACAUUCACUAAUUGAAUCAUCUGCAGAUGAAUUGUACAAUCUGAUGGAUAUAAGAAAUGAUUUACUAAUGAAUGAGAAAUUAUUCACUGAUAAUCUAAAGUAUACAUGUUUAGUUGCAGGUGUUGGCCAUUUAAAAUAUCGAAGUCCGGCGAACUCAAAUUCGGAUAAUUGUAUAAGUUUAUCAGUAAUAUAUAUAUAG